AUGGAAAAUAUUAAUAAUGUCACGGAGUUUAUUCUGUUGGGGCUUUCUCAGAAGAAGGAAAUUAAGAAUGUGUGCUUUCUAUUAUUCUUAUGUUGUUAUACAGUUAUUUGGAUGGGGAAUUCACUCAUAAUCAUUUCCAUCAUCUGCAGUCAGCUAAGUGACCAACCCAUGUAUUACUUUCUCAAUUAUCUUGCUCUCUCAGACCUGUGUUAUACCUCAACAGUAACUCCCAAGCUAGUGGCUGGCUUACUGCAAGAAAGGAACACUAUUUCUUAUAUUAGUUGCUUUGCACAGCUUUUUACCAUGCACUUCUUUGGGGGCAUUGAGAUCUUCAUCCUCACAGUGAUGGCCUAUGACCGCUACGUGGCCAUCUGCAAGCCCCUGCACUAUGCCAUCGUCAUGAGCAGGAAGAAGUGUAAUGCCCUGGUCUUUGCUUGCUGUGCUGGGGCUUUUGUGCAUUCUUUUGCUUUGUUUUACCUCACUAUCAACUUACCUUUCUGUGGUCCCAAUGAGAUGGAUCAUUACUGCUGUGAUGUGUAUCCCUUACUGAAACUGGCCUGUGCGGACACAUUCAAGACUGGGAUCCUGGUUGUGGCCAACGCAGGCUUGAUGGGUUUAGUGUCUUUUGUGGUCUUGAUGCUGUCUUACUUUUUGAUCUUCCACACCAUCAGAGCUUACCCUCCCAAGAGCCGCAGCAAAGCUCUUUCCACUUGCAGUUCUCACAUUACAGUUGUGGUUCUUUUCUUUGUGCCUAUCUUGUUCAUUUACAUUAGACCAGCCACCACCUUCCCAGAAGAUAAAGUGUUUGCUCUUUUCUUCUUCAUCAUUGCCCCCAUGUUUAACCCUCUGAUAUAUACACUGAGGAACAAGGAGAUGAAGACUGCCUUGAGGAAAGUGUGGUGCCAGAAUACAGUCUUUACUGGAAGGCCAUUAAUCUGA